CUUCUUCUUUUCUUUCAUUUUGUAGUAGGAAAUGUUGUCAUGUCAUGCGAAGUAGAAUGGCUAGUUGAAAAUGGAAGAGAUUCUGAUGUGUAACUGCGGAUAUAUCCCUUAUGUCCCGAGAAAUAGCGUUAAUUAGCAGAGCUCAGAGAAUUCAGCAGAUUGAUCCCAGCUGAGCUGACACAUAUCAGUUCAAGCUUUGCUUGUUUUUUUCAUAUCUGGGUCGUGCAGUCAAGGACCCAUUUAUGCAUGCACAGAGUUUCAUUUUAUUUACAUAAUAUCUGUAUAGAAUUGCAUGCAAUCACAUGAAGGUUAGGGCUCUUGACUGAGAGUUUUGAGAGUUCGGGCCAGAGGGAUAUUGAAAGCAAGGGGAUUGGGGGAUUUCAGGAUUUUCUUUACUAAGAAACUUUGUACACGAACCAGGUUUUCAGUUUGAACCAUGAGUUUUUGUUAGAAUGUUUGUUCUGUUUAAUUCUUGGGUUUAAGGAGGAAUUGUUGGAGUUCAGAAGCAUCAGAUGGAUUGGAGAAAAUCAAACUGGUGGAGGCUGAGGUUGAUUGAAGUGGUUUUCCUUCUUGUGGCUGUAGUAUUUGUCUCGGCACAAGAAAGUUCUCAGCAACAAUCUUCAAGUCAGAAUCAUGCAGAAAAGGUUGAACCUAAUUACUUAAUCAGAGUGUCCAAAUUGCUUUCACAUCUCGAUGGAGCGGUUUACAAGCAUGACUGGCCUGACAUGCGAUUUGGAUGGAAAAUUGUGGUUGGUACGUUUAUUGGAUUCCUUGGGGCAGCAUUUGGGAGCGUGGGAGGUGUUGGAGGGGGUGGUUUUUUUGUUCCGAUGCUCACCCUGAUUAUCGGCUUUGAUCAGAAAUCAUCAACAGCGAUAUCAAAAUGUAUGAUCACGGGGGGAGCAGCAGCAACUGUCUUGUACAAUUUAAGGCUAAGGCAUCCCACACUUGAGUUGCCUCUCAUGGACUAUGAUCUCGCGCUUCUGUUCCAACCAAUGUUGGUGUUAGGGAUCAGCAUUGGAGUUUCUUUGAAUGUUGUACUUUCCGAAUGGAUGAUCGCCAUCUUACUAAUUAUUGUUCUCUUAGGCACAUCAACUAAAUCAUUCUUCAAAGGUGUCGAGACGUGGAAGAAAGAAACUGCAACAAAAAAGAAUUCACUGGAGGCUUCCAAACGCUUGCAAUUGAAAGACAUUGCCAGUGAAGACAUAGAAGGCAGAAAUAAUCAUGGAGGCACUGACAACGGCAUACCAGAAGUUAAGGAGACUAAAAGAAAAGUGGUUUCUGUUCUUCGUAACGUUUACUGGAGGCAACUUGGAGUUAUUUUUGCUGUCUGGAUCAUAAUACUUGGAUUGCAGAUUGGCAAGAAUUAUGUGGCAAAAUGUUCAGUGGCAUAUUGGAUAUUAGAUUUCUUACAGAUUCCUGUGACGGUUGGAGUGACUUCGUAUGAGGCAGUUAAAGUGUACAAAGGGCAGAGGGUAAUUUCAUCCAGGGGAGAAGCAGGUGCAAAAUGGAGAGUGCAUAAUCUUGUUUCUUUUUGUUUCUUUGGCAUAAUAGCUGGAUUGAUUGGUGGAUUGCUUGGUCUCGGUGGAGGUUUUAUUAUGGGUCCUCUCUUUUUGGAGAUGGGAGUUCCUCCUCAGGUAGCAAGUGCAACAAGCACCUUCAUCAUGUUAUUCUCGUCAUCCAUGUCUGUCGUAGAAUACGACCUCCUAAAGCGAUUUCCAAUUCCCUACGCUCUCUAUUUCACUGCUGUGGCUAUCGGUUCUGCGAUCAUAGGGCAACAUGUGGUAGGGAAGAUGAUUAAGGCAAUAGGAAGAGCAUCCUUGAUCAUCUUCAUUCUUGCUUUCACAAUUUUUGUGAGCGCACUGACAUUAGGUGGGGUUGGCAUAGCAAAUUUGGUCAAAAAGAUUGAGCAUAAGGAGUACUUGGGUUUUCAGAGCAUGUGUACUCAUAAAUCCUAACCCCUAAAACUCUUCAUUACCUUAACUUCGAGAGCAUAAAAAAAUUUUCACACUUCUAAUCAUAUACAAGAUAAUAAUAUUACUGUUCUCCAAAGUGCAUAUACCAAAUUCAAAUUUCGAUUUCCUGCUUUGAUUUUAUAAAUUGUGGGUUAACCAAACCAAACCGCUUAUAAUAUUGUGGAUGACCACCAUAAUGUCCAUAACCUCUCAUCUUAUUGUUUUAUAACCAAUACUCUAUUAUUGUAAGUCUACAAAAAGAUGCUUAUCAAAGAUAAAUGAUACAAGUUUGGAGAA